UAUUAAAUGCAAGAAAAUGUUUAUUUAAAUAAAUUCCUAAGUUGGCCUAGCGAUAGCAUUACUGCGUCUCCCAUGUAUUUCAAUAGAGACAUAAGAGUUGCCCCUAAGUUGAAGCCUCCUCUUGGAGUCCAGUUUUGCAGACUUUGUGGUUGUGUGACAAGCGAUCAAUCAUAACUGAACAUUUCUUCGCCCAUGCGGUCAAUCUGCAGGUUCGCCACAAGUUCUGUGCACCAGCUCAAGCAAAGUGGUCCCCUGAAAGAGAUAUAGCCGAAAUGGCCAGCGACGCCUUCACGUACAUCGAGGGUCUUCACAUUGCCAAGUGUUUUCCCGAAGACGCUGUCCGAUCAACCAUCGCCUACAAACCGCAACCGGAAGACCUGUUCAUCGUGACUUACCCCAAAUGCGGCACCUCCUGGAUGCAGCAGAUAGUGUACAACAUCCUCAUGGACGGCAACGUGCCCGACGACAAAACGGACGCCGUACUGCGCCUACCAUUUCUCGAGAUCCAAGGAGCCGACGCCGCUGUUCACGCUCUCAAGCCCGGAGCGUUCAAGACCCACCUGCCCUUCUGGCUGCACCCUUACUCACCCGAUGCCAAGUACAUCUACGUUUCCAGGAACCCGUACGACUGCUGCGUGUCCUUCUAUCACCACACCAGGAACUUCGCUAUAUACCACUACGAAAACGGAACAUUCGAUGACUUUCUCGACAAGUUUGUCAACGGUAAAGUGGACUUCGGUGACUACUUCGACCACCUCUUGUCGUGGUAUGAACAUCGCAAUGACGCUAACGUGCUGUUUGUCACUUUCGAAGACAUCAAGCAGGACACGAGAGCUUGGAUACUUCGCGUGGCAGAGUUCAUGGGUGAUGCUUACGGAGCUAACCUUCGCGAGGACGCAGCCUUACUAGACAAGAUCGUGGAGGCCGUUUCUUUCGAAAACAUGAAGCGCCCUCUGAAUUCGAAGUACGAUGCCGACAAGACAAAAAAUGACACGGCUGAGCAUAGCUCCAAUAGUGACCCGUCUUCAGAGGCAAAAGAGUGGCACCCGACAUUGCUGAAGAGCCUCGAGGCUUUCAAAACAUUCUUCGCCAAACCUAUGAAGGGAAACUUCGCGCGAAAGGGCAUCGUAGGCGACUGGAAAGAGCACUUUAGCGAUGAUCACGUAACUAAGAUGAAGCGGUACAUUGCUUCGAAGACAGCUGGAACCGACGUGAUGAGCCUUUGGCCAGACAUUCCUGUCAACUAAUCUGAGCACCGUGUAAUAAAGUUAACGUAGCCACGGUAGUGGCUUGCGCCGGAGCCAAUUUAGGGCUCAUAACGUUGGUGCGGGAGAGGGACUGUCUUUAAAUAGUGGAAGCCUUUAGGGCACCUAAUGAUAGGUGUCGGCCACGUUAUUACAAAAAUGUGGUUGCGUGGCUGGUAAACACACAAUUAAUUUUGUAUUUGCACUACUGAAUUCAUUAUUACACAAUAGGAGUCGUUCAGAGUUUGCAAGUAAAACAAUAUGCGUUCAUAGAAUAAAAAAAGUUAUUAAACCAGAAUCGUCAGAGAAAUGUUUUUCUGAGUGAAACCACAAUCCUCUCAGCUUUUGCACUUCUUGUUGCAACAUGACUGCUUGUUGGCCUAGUUGCUGGUUUCUAAAAGACAUGUUUUUUUGCCGCGAGACAUGUUUCGUAGAGGAAAUUCCCAUCAAUUAAGUCGUAAUAUUGCACCAUGACCGACUGGAAAGAAGACUAUAUACUCUACCACAUACAAGAUUAAGCAAGGAAUAAGCCACCGCCCUCCGUAGACUACAAACGAAUACGUAUGUCGAUGGAAUUAUCAUGCACCGGAUGCACCCCACCAAAUUCUCAUACCCAUGCAGAUAUUGUGAUGUACCAGACACCCUCCAACACAUGAUGUUGGUGUGCCCACAACACGAGAAAAACAGUCAAGAUGAUCCGCCACAAGCGAUCGAGGAAACGUGGGAGGGAAUGUUAAAGGCACAGAGCCUGGAAGAUCACCGAAGUCUGGUGGACCGGGCCCAGGCUGCGGCAUUAGCCAACGGCUUUAUGGACUAAGACAGCCGCCCACCUAGGAUGAAGAAAGAACACUUUCUUGCUGUUUUUCACAAUAAAUGUUCA